AAGUACAUGAAUUUUAAUGUGCUGACCUUUGCAAUGUGUAUAUGUUACUAUCUAGCUCAAGGUAAAACCCUGAACAUUAACCUCUUAACUUCUUAAAUACCAUGAGACAUUUGUGAAAGGACGGAGAUAACAUAUAAGGUCGAUAAGAUAAUGGUGUGCAGAAAAGGUGAUGAACACAAACAGCCUAUCAAUGCCCUGAAGACUGCAAGCAAAUAGGUAGACAUCACUUUGAGAUCUGUUUCUCCUAAUCAGUGCCCUGUGCAUAUCACAACUGGGAAUAAAUUAUUGCAACCAUCAUUCUGCUUCAUCAUUUAAAUUGCAGAACAAGUAAUUUUGGUUCAACAACAAGCAGUCAUGGCAUCACCCACAGUGGAAACAGCGAUCAAAAACAGCUGCAGUACCAUUGGGGAGGGUCCCCAUUGGGAUGAUGCCUCUCAGAGUCUCCUGUAUGUAGACAUCAAGGCUCUCGAUGUCCAUCGCUGGAAUUCUGUCACAGGAGAGGACACCAAAGUUCAUCUCAAGGACACAGUCAGCCUGGUGGUACCUCGACGAUGGGGUGGCUACAUUGUGGGUCUGGGAAGGAGACUGUCACUGCUGGAGUGGGAAACUGGAACAGUCACGGAUAUUACAGAAGUUGACCGAGAAACUGGCAACCGUUUCAAUGAUGGCAAAUGUGAUGCCAAAGGACGUCUGUGGGCAGGUACAAUGGGAUUUGAAGUGAAACCAGCUUUUGUUGAACCUGCAGCAGGGGCAUUGUACAGCCUUGACCUAGAUCGGACAGUGAAGAAAUGGCUGCCUGGAAUACACAUCUCAAACGGCUUGGCCUGGACAGAAGAUAAUCAGACCAUGUUCUACAUUGACUCAAUCCCUAAAAAAGUCUAUGCCUUUGACUAUGAUUUGGAAAAUGGAGCAAUCAGUAAGCAAAGGACAGCUGUUGACCUCACACCAUAUGACAUUGACACAUACGGUGUUCCUGAUGGUAUGACCAUUGAUACCGAAGGCAAACUAUGGGUGGCAUGUUUUGGUGCAGGGGCAGUGUACAAAUUUGAUCCUGAAACAGGCAAAACUCUCCAGUGUGUGAAGAUUCCAGCCAAACAGACAACAUCUGUGUGCUGGGGUGGAAAAAAUCUGGAUGAGCUGUACGUGACUUGUGCACGUGUUGGUAAGCCAGAGGAGUACUACCUCAAAGAAGAACCUCUAGCAGGUUCUGUGUUCAGAGUUACAGGUCUUGGAGCCAAGGGGCGUCCAGCUUAUGUCUAUGAGGGCUAAGAUGCAGGGAAGUUUUCUGGGGGAUCCUAACUUGACGUAGACAUGGAAGAAGUAUGUGGCAGUAAUAGUGUUUUCUUGAAUAUGAGACAUUAAGAGAUCAGAAUAUAUCUGAUUAAUUGUUAACAUUCAAAUUGAUAAGCCUUUGUGAGAUACUUUUUCUACCAGUGUAAUUGUCUUUUCAGCUGUGCAAUGUUUUGUUUAUCUACAAUAUAGAUUAAUUUUUUUUAUUCUUUUCAUUAUAUCUUGUGAUCAGUGAGAAAAUAUACAAAAGAAAAUAAACGGUUUCUUUUCCUCAUCAUGUUAAACGAUGUCUGUGAAUGAGUCAAAAAAAUGCCCAAAUUAAUGUGAAGGAAAAAUGCCUUUAAGCCUUUUUAUAUUAGUUUUAUUAACAGUUCACUAAAAUAUCAACACAGCAAUAAUCACACAAUAGUCACAAUAAUUAUACAUCAUGUAAAGGCGACCACCUAUAAACCUUUGAUGAAUGUUUCUAGAGGCUGGGGAAUGAGAGGGUUGUACUGUUAUGUUCACAAAAGCUCUUGAGUUUUUGACUGAACUGUGAAAGUUAACCGAGAGAAUAGCCAAUGAUAACUGAUAACAAAGGGAGAAAUGCAGCCACUGUAUACAUAGCUCAAUAAAACUGUUGAAAAAGAA